AGAAGAGCGACUGACCAAUCACAAUUUGAGCUGUCAGACUUCCCGACUGUCCCUCUCUCCUCCCUUGUAUGAAUCUUGCCAGCUAGCAGGUCUCUCUGCGUGUUAACCAGCAUAUUUAUGGUUUCGUGCUUUUUAUGAACAAGCGCAAAUAAAAGAUAUACACUAUGGCUUCUCGAGCAGGUCCGAGAGCAUCGGGCACUGAUGGCAGUGACUUUCAGCACCGGGAGCGUGUGGCCUCACACUACCAGAUGAGCGUUGCCUUGAAGUCUGAAAUCCGUAAACUCAACAUUGUCCAUCUGCUGAUCUGGGUCCUGAUGGCAGCUCAGGUGACAGUGAGCCAGCUAAGCCUGGUGUCCCACAAGGUAGUAGCCUCUCCUUACCAGUGGGAGUACCCCUACCUCCUGAGCAUAGUCCCGACAGUCUUCAGUUUCCUGGCGUUGCCCCGCAACAACAUCAGCUACUUGGUCAUCUCCAUGAUCAGCGCCGGGCUCUUCUGUGUGGCCCCACUCAUCUACGGCUGCAUGGAGAUGUUCCCUGUGGCGCAGCAGCUCUAUCGGCACGGCAAAGCCUACCGCUUCAUCUUUGGCUUCUCUGCCGUGUCGGUCAUGUACCUAGUGAUCAUUAUUGCUGUGCAGGUGCACGGCUGGCAGAUCUACUACAGCAAGAAGCUGCUGGACCAGUGGUUCACUAGCACACAGGAGAAGAAGAAGAAAUGAGUUCACCUAAAGCAUGUUUAGCGCUUAGAUCCUCUGUGUGAAUCUGCAGGCCUGUGUGGACAAAGGGGUGUUUUUUUUUUUGGAAACCAGUCACUGAGCUGGUGGAUUGAGCCAGCCAACACCAAGAGAAGAGACUCCCAAAAGUACUGCUCUUUGUCAUCUUUUCUGUUGACGAAAAAGCAAUUGUUUGCAGAAAAUCAGUCCCUUGACAGCCUGUGACUGCUGCCAUCACUCUGUACAUUAAUCUAUGGCAUUUUAUCAUUGAAAAUAAACUAUAAAUGUUG